AUGGUUAACUAUACUCAAUUUUCUCCCGGCAAAGUAUCCACCGAAGAAGUGAAGCUAUGGAAUCCAUCCAAGAUCCUAGGAAUUAUCAAUCCCGAUAACGAUCGCCUCACAUGCGUCGGCGAUGCCCCCUCACAAAGACGACGCUGUCGAAAUCCGAUCCGAGCAGACAAUCAAGCACUUAUUACGAAGGCUCUAGACGAGAUUGCGUAUCUGCCUCCUGAUAGCCCUGCUGUGAUGACAAAAUUGCGAGCUAUUGCUGGACCGGCGCUGUGUGUUAGGUAUCAUCAGAGUCAAGCUGAAACAGUCGUGAUGCAGUGGCAGAGGAAGAUUCAGCCGUUGAAAACAGAGAUUGGGGAACGGAAACCUGCCAAGUCGGUCCAGAGCAGGAGACUGGAAAAGCCUGCGCGAGAUCGAAGGGUAGAGGGUAUCCAGGAUGUAUUAAAAGAAAUGAGGGACGCUUUGGCGAACCUGCGAGAAGAGAUUAACAACCAACGGCACCAAAGUCAAGAAUGUGAAGGGCCAGAAGAGCGAGCUGUAGAGGAUCGCCAAGAACAAGAACGCAAACAUCGGAGGAGCGAGGAGAGGAAUAGGGAGGCGAGGAGGAAGGAGAGCGAGCGUUUGGAGAAGGAGCGUUUGGAGAAGGAGCGUUUGGAAAAGGAGCGUUUGGAGAAGGAGCGUUUGGAGAAGGAGCGUUUGGAGAAGGAACAUUUGGCGAAAGAGAAAAGAGAAAAAGAAGAAAAGCAACGACGAGAGCGCAUUCGCCAGCGAGCCCAAAAGCUACAUGAAGAACGCGAGCGAGAAAAGCGAGAAAAGGAGCAAAAAGAGAGAGAGGAGUGGAACCAACUGUGGGCAAAGUAUCAGGAACGGUGGGCGCAGCUCAAAGCCUCUGCUUCUGAUAUCAGAGAGGGGAAUAUUCGAGAUGCCAUUCCUUGGCCGGUCAUGUCAGGUUCAUAUCCUGAUGUGAAGAAUUCGAAUGUUAAGGAGUUCUUCCAAAAGACGGUGUCAAGGGAUGAAAAUAUGGUGAAACUUAUGCGGAAGGAGUGUUUAAAGUGGCAUCCUGAUAGAAGGUGCACCUGGCUCCGAGGCGCUCAACUCAGUGAUGUUGAUGAAAUGAUUGUUGACAUGAUUUGUCGCGUGGUAACGGGGUUGCUAAAUGAAUUUGCUGAGAGGUCGUCUAAAUUUUUGGAUUGA